AUGCCAUUGACAAUAUCCGUCCAGUACAUUCUCGUUGCCUUCGUGGCCGCUGCUUGCAUUCCACUGUCGACGUUGCUUCUGGUCGUCAAUCUCCUGUGUAUAUCGAUCUCCCCGUGGAGAUCUGUCCACCAGCGUCUGAAGAGAGUGCCAGGGUUCAAAUCGAGGACGAUUUUCAUCACUGGUGUGAACUCCCCCCACGGACUGAGACUGGCUAGGGCGUUUCAUAGGACUGGUCAUACAGUUGUGGGUGCUGAUUACGAACCUGACGGAUUUCCUAUCCAUGUGCGCUUCUCCAAUGCAUUAAGCCACUUCUACCGCUUGCCGCCUAAAUCCGACGAGAGCCGCCAAGUGGCGUACAUCGCAUCCUUACUUCGGAUCAUAGCGCAGGAGCAUGCUGAACUUUGGAUCAACUGCACCAGCAGUGCAGAUCCAAGCACUGAAGCACAAGCCAGGAGUGUGAUUGAGCAAAGCAACCGGUGCCAAUGCUUCUCCCUUCGAGUGAACGAUAUCCCCUAUUUUGCAACAAGAGAAGCAUUUCUCUUAUACACAGCCAGUCAAGGACUACCCGCCCCCGAAAUGCAUCACGUCAAAUCACGCGAUGAGGUACACAAUGUGCUUAACAAGACGCGUGGAAGUCGGAGGUAUCUGCUUCAUAGUCUGAGCCAAAAUGGAGUCCACGCCCACUCGACCCGGACGGCGCUCCCACGGAGGACGCUUAGUCAAACGUACAAUACUGUUUCCCAGAUGACCAUUACGAGCACCAUGCCGUGGAAGCUGGAACAAGACGUGGACGGACUCGACAGGUACCACACGUUUGCUAUCAUUGUCAGAGGUUCUCUUAGAGCAUUUGCCGCCAGCCGAUCACCACAUCCUGGCUGUCAGCAACUCUUGGAGCCCAAAUCUGCGCUCAGUCUGUCGAUGCUACGGUUUGUUCACACAUUCGCCCGCAAUCAAGGCCAUGACUUCACAACGCACCUGGGAAUUGACUUCUGUGUUGAAGAGCAAGUAACAGAAUCUGGAGUAGCACAAAUCAUCCUCCCGGUGCAGGUUUCUGUCCAGGCUCAGGCUGCAGCCCAGUUAUUCCACGGCCUGGGUGGGUCGGUGCAAUUGACUCGAGCCUAUCUAGAAUGUUUGCUCGCCAAUGAAGGCGAUGCUGAUAAGCAAGCGACAAAACAAGCUCCUGCAGUUGCACAGAACGCUCUACAGGCAGACGUGGCCAUGCCAGAUUCAAAGAUAUCCGGGACGUACUGCUUUGGCCAAGAUCUACUCCAUUUGUGCUUUAAGCCGAUGCUCGACCUGAUCAUUUUGAGAAUCGGCCUCAUUGACUGCAUUCGACAGUUGGCUUCGUUUUUCAACCACCUGGCUUCCUGGGAAGAUGAUAUAUUCAGCUUGAAGGACCCAAUGCCCUUUUGGUGGUCAUACCAAGUUUAUAUUCCGUUGCGACUUGUCAGGACUGUGGCAGGUUGGACGCAUGACUGUGCCUGA